AUGAAUUUUUGCAACCACGGGGACCACAAGAAGGUAGCACAUGAGAAAACCCUAACUCUAUAUAUACUUUGUGAAGGCAUCAACUUUGAGGACCACACAAAUGUUGAUAUAGAUGGUGGGCUCAACAAUUCUGAUAAUGAGAUUGAUGGUGAUAAUUUUGAAAUGGAUAACUUUAUUCCAGAAUGUGUCUCGGUUGGAUAUAACCAUAUUUUGGGUGAAGAAGACCAAUCGUUCUCCUCCAGCCUCCAUUUCAAUUCACACUUCACCGCCUCUGCCUCUGCUCUCCUCCUUUACGAGGCGGCAUUGUGCCAGGAUUUUGAUCAAAAAGUAAACACCGCCAACAAGCUCACACAAUCUGGGCAGAUUUCAAAAAACCUGAGUUUGAGUGGUGCUUUAACCAAAAAAGCUGAGGAAAUGGGAAGAUCUGCUCUGUCAGCUUUCAUGGCUAAGGAAGAGGAGAUUCAAACGAGGAAAAUGGAGGUUCAGGAGAGAGUUCUAGCACAGAGGCGUUUGUCCACUGUCCGUGAGGAGUACAGAGUUUCUUUGGCAAGAAGAGCAUACUGCUUUUGUGACAAUGGAGGAGGCAGAUACUGA